AUGACGAUAGUGACUGAAGAAACAACACCAGAUAAUGUGGAAGCUCAAAGUGGAUCGAGACAUGGAAACCAUGGACAGAAUUCGACUAAUUCGAUGUUCAAUUCGUUUGAUCCGCUGUAUUUACAGUCUUCAGAUGUUCCUGGAGUAAACCUAGCUCAAUACCUCUUAACUGGAAUGGAAAAUUAUACUCUCUGGAGUAAAUCAAUGAGGAUUGCACUGUUAGGUAAAAACAAAAUUGGAUUUGUUGAGGGAACAUGUGUGAAGGAAAGCUAUGAAGGCCAAAUGGCGGAUCAAUGGGAGCGUGUUAACGCUGUUGUGCUAUCUUGGAUAAUGAGCUCAGUGUCUAAAGAUCUGGUGAAUGGAAUUGUGUAUUCAUCAAAUUCACAUAGAGUUUGGAUGGAUCUCAAGGUACGUUUUGACAAAAUAAAUGCUACAAAGGUCUGUCGUGUACACAGAGGAAUUGCAACUCUAGUUCAAGGUACAUCUACUGUUUCUGUUUACUUCUCGAAGUUAAGUGAGUUAUGGAAGGAAUAUGAGUCACUUGUACCACCUCCUACUUGUAAUUAUGAUAAAUCAAAGGGAUUCAUAGAACACCUAGAGCAACAUAAGCUAAUGUAG